GAUACCUCCCCCAAGGCGCGAUGACGUCACCGGCCAUCUCCCAGCAGCAGACUUGCGUCGAGCAGACUCACACGAUGUGACGCCGACGUCUGGACGACACCUCGCCGGCUCCCUUCCUCCCUUCUUCCUCCCACUUUGCACCAGCCUCUCCUCUCACGCUUCUGCUAAAUCCUAUUCCGAAUUGCGGGCUCCAGCCGUCGGGCCGCCAUGGCAGUUGUUUCCUCCACAUCCGGGCCACACCGCCUGGACUCCAUUAUUGUGUGAAAGUGGCUGAUAAAGGUCCUCAUUUCCCCACCUAAGGCGCCGGGACGGCGGCAACGAAGAGCUGAUGUCUAACCAAGGAGUUCGGCGGAACGGUCCGGUGAAACUGCGACUAACAGUGUUGUGUGCCAAAAACCUGGUCAAGAAGGACUUCUUCCGUCUCCCUGAUCCCUUUGCCAAGGUGGUAGUGGACGGUUCGGGGCAGUGCCACUCCACAGACACUGUGAGGAACACGCUGGACCCCAAGUGGAAUCAACACUACGACCUAUACAUUGGCAAGUCCGACUCCAUCACCAUCAGUGUGUGGAACCACAAGAAGAUCCACAAGAAGCAAGGGGCCGGCUUCCUGGGGUGUGUCCGCCUCCUCUCCAACGCCAUCAACCGCCUUAAAGACACAGGAUACCAGAGGCUGGACCUGAACAAGCUGAGUCCAAACGACAGCGACACAGUCCGAGGGCAGAUCGUGGUGAGCUUGCAGUCCAGGGACCGGAUAGGCACAGGCGGCCCCGUGGUGGACUGCAGUCGACUGUUUGACAAUGAUCUUCCAGACGGCUGGGAGGAGAGGAGAACCGCGUCCGGUCGAAUCCAGUACUUGAACCACAUCACACGCACCACGCAGUGGGACCGGCCAACUAGGCCUGCGUCGGAGUACUCCAGCCCCGGGCGGCCGCUGAGCUGCAUCGUGGACGAGAACACUCCCGUGAGCGCCAACGGGGCCACGCCCAUCAUGGCGCUGCCCCCCGGCGACGGCGAGCAGCGGGUGCAGGAGCGGCGCGUUCGCUCCCAGAGGCACCGCAACUACAUGAGCAGGACUCACCUGCACACGCCUCCGGACCUCCCCGAGGGCUACGAGCAGAGGACCACGCAGCAAGGCCAGGUGUACUUCCUGCACACUCAGACAGGUGUCAGCACAUGGCACGACCCCAGAGUACCCAGAGACCUGAGCAACGUGAACUGUGAAGAACUGGGUCCUCUCCCUCCUGGCUGGGAGAUCCGGAACACGGCCACAGGAAGAGUCUACUUCGUGGACCACAACAACCGGACCACGCAGUUCACCGACCCGCGCCUCUCUGCCAACCUGCAUCGGGUCCUCAAUCCGAGCUCCAAUGGCUCCCGAGGAGGCGUGGAGAGUCAGAAUGUGAGUCGCCAGAACCAGCUGAAGGAACAGGUCCAGCAGGCUCCGGUGUCCCCGGGUCAGCUCCCGGACGAGUCGGAGUGUCUCACGGUGCCCAAGUACAAGAGAGACCUGGUCCAGAAGCUGAAGAUCCUCCGACAGGAACUGUCCCAGCAGCAGCCCCAGGCCGGCCACUGUCGCAUCGAGGUGUCCCGCGAGGAGAUCUUUGAGGAAUCCUAUCGGCAGGUGAUGAAGAUGAGGCCCAAGGACCUGUGGAAAAGGCUGAUGGUGAAAUUCCGCGGGGAAGAAGGACUGGACUAUGGAGGCGUGGCCAGGGAGUGGCUCUAUCUGUUGUCCCAUGAGAUGCUGAACCCGUACUACGGUCUCUUCCAAUACUCCCGAGACGACAUCUACACUCUGCAGAUCAACCCGGACUCUGCGGUCAACCCUGAGCACCUGUCUUACUUUCACUUUGUGGGGCGCAUCAUGGGCAUGGCGGUGUUCCACGGCCACUACAUCGACGGAGGCUUCACCUUGCCCUUCUACAAGCAGCUGCUGGGCAAACCCAUCACCCUGGACGACAUGGAGUCUGUGGACCCGGACCUGCACAACAGCCUGGUCUGGAUCUUGGACAACGACAUCACAGGCGUGCUGGACCACACCUUCUGCGUGGAGCACAACGCCUACGGAGAGAUCAUCCAGCACGAGCUGAAGCCCAACGGGAAGAGCAUCGCGGUGACGCAGGACACCAAGAAGGAGUACGUGCGCCUCUACGUCAACUGGCGCUUCCUGCGCGGCAUCGAAGCUCAGUUCCUGGCUCUGCAGAAGGGCUUCAACGAGGUCAUCCCCCAGCAUCUGCUGAAGGCUUUCGACGAGAAGGAGUUGGAGCUGAUCGUGUGUGGUCUGGGCAAGAUCGACAUCAGCGACUGGAAGACCAACACGCGACUGAAGCACUGCACGGCCGACAGCAACAUAGUCAAGUGGUUCUGGAAGGCCGUGGAGUCCUUUGAUGAGGAGCGGCGAGCACGCCUGCUGCAGUUCGUCACUGGAUCCUCCAGGGUCCCUCUGCAGGGAUUCAAGGCCCUCCAAGGAGCUGCAGGCCCUCGACUUUUUACCAUCCACCAGAUAGAUGCCAACGCCAACAACCUCCCCAAAGCCCACACGUGUUUCAACCGGAUCGACAUUCCGCCCUACGAGAGCUACGACAAACUGUACGACAAGCUGCUGACCGCCAUCGAGGAGACGUGCGGCUUCGCUGUGGAGUGACUGGAAAAGUGGGCGUGUCCUCCGCCCAUCCUGGACGAGUUUGAGCUGGGACGAGCAAAGUAUUUCACCCUCCGACACAUCUUUUAGUAUCCAGAAGCUGCUAAAAAACUCACCUUUUGCUCCUUUCACCAAGCAUUUUUUUAAACACCAAAACAUGUAGCAACACACACACACACACACACACACACAAUUGGUGUGUUGGCCAGAGUACAGGGUAAGAAGGUAACCACAAGCACUCGAUGCCAGGACGACACACUGAACCCUCUCCAAAGACGCUAGCAUCGCACCCGCAACCCUCUUUUACACACGGGAUCUUUUUUCACGUCCCAGGGCAAAUGGAAAGAAGGAUAUAAUAUAUCUAAUUUAUUAUUACAAGUCCCCUUUUUUAAAGCCAGGAAAGUUCCAUUGGGAUGAGCAAACUUUUGGGCACCGGCUGGGAUGUGGUACCAGGAACCCUCACGGGAUGUGGUACCAGGAACCCUCACGGGAUGUGGUACCAGUACCAGGAACCCUCGCCUGUCUGCACCGCCGCUCUACCAUCGGAGACACGCUUUUUUGGUGUCACGCAAAAGAGUUUCAAUUGUCAAACACAAAAAAGAUGAAGUCAUCAUUUCACACAAAAAGCGUUUUUUUUUUUUUUUUUUUAUGAAAUCAGUCAAAACCUACUUUUAGUUUUACUCUUAACUACACACUAAACAUCUUGAAGUUUGAAUGAUUUUCUCCAGGUUUUUUGUUUUGUUUUGUUUAUUACCUUCACCCACAAUUAUGAAUUCUGUUCAUUUUCAAGGUUGUUUUUUUUCACUCUCCCCUCUACAAUUAUGAAUUUUAUUGAUUUCCCGCAGUUUUUUUUGUUUGUUUUCACUCUUUACUUCCAAAUUUUGUUUUGCUUUAAAUGAUUUUCACCGUUUUUUGUUUAAUUUAACUCUCGACUUCACAAUAAUUAAUUUUAAUGAUUUUUGUUUAAGGUUUUUUUUUUAACUCUCGACUCCUCAAUUCUGAAUUGUAAAUUUUUUCUGCAGGGUUUUUCUGUUUUUUUGAGUUUUUUUCACUCCUGACUCCACAAUUAGGAUUUUUUAUUAUUUUCUCCAGGUUUUUUUAAACUCUCAACUCUGCAAUUAUGAUUUUCUCUUUGGUUUUCUUUGUGUGUUUUUUUCUCACUCUCUACUCCACAAUUAUGAAUUGAAAUUAUUUUCUCCAGGUGUUUUUUUGUUUUGUUUUAACUCUCAAAUCCACAAUUAUUAAUUUUCAUUAUUUUCUACAGGUUUUCUUUUUUGUUUUAUUUGUUCUUCACUCUUAACUCCACAAUUAGGAAUUGUAAUUAUUAUCUCCAGGUUUUUUUGGUUUUUUUUAACUUUUCACUCUACAAUUAUGAUUUUUUAUGAUUUUCUCCGGGGAUUUCUUUGUUUGGUUUUUUUUUGUUAGUUUUUUCACUCUCAACCCAACAAUUAUGAAUUGAAAUUAUUUUCUCCGGAUGUUUUUUUUUAGUUUUUUUUUUUAUUCUCAAAUCCACAAUUAUUACUUUUCAUUGUUAUUUCCAGGGUUUUUUUUUUUUUUUUUUUAACUCUCCACUUUAUAAUUAUGAUUUUCUGCGGGGUUUUCUUUGUGUUGUUUUGGGGGUUUUUUUCACUCUCAACUCCACAAUUAUUAAUUGUAAUUAUUUUCUCCGGGUAUUCUUUUUUUGUUUGUUUGUUUGUUUGUUUGUUUUUCACUCUUGACUCCACAAUUAUUAAUUUUAAUAACUUUCUCUGGGUUUUGUUUUUUGUUUGUUUUCACUCUUUACUCCCAAAUUAUGUUUUUUGUAAUUAUUUUCUCUCGACACCACCUUAAUGAAUUUUAAUGAUUUUCUCCAGGCUUUUUUCACUCUUAACUCCACGAUUAUGAAUUUCAAUUAUUUCCUGCAGGGUUUUUUCACUCUUAACUCCACAAUUAUGAAUUUUAAUUAUGUUUUAUUUAAACUCUUGACUCUACAAUUAUGAUUUUUUAUGAUUUUCUCCGGGGAUUUCUUUGUUUGUUUUUUUUGUUUGUUUUUUCGCUCUCAACCCAACAAUUAUGAAUUGAAAUUAUUUUCUCCGGAUGUUUUUUUUAUUUUUAUUUUUUUAUUCUCAAAUCCACAAUUAUUACUUUUCAUUAUUAUUUCCACGGUUUUUUGUUUGUUUUUUUAACUCUCGACUUUAUAAUUAGGAUUUUCUGCGGGGUUUUCUUUGUGUUAUCUUGGGGGGGUUUUUCACUCUCAACUCCACAAUUAUUAAUUGUAAUUAUUUUCCCCGGGUUUUCUUUUUUUUGUUUGUUUGUUUUUUACUCUUGAUUCCACAAAUAUUAAUUUUAAUUACUUUCUCCGGGUUUUGUUUUUUGUUUGUUUUCACUUUUUACUCCCAAAUUAUAUAUUUUUAAAUUAUUUUCUCAGUUUUUGUUUUUUUUUAACUCUCGACACCACAUUAAUGAAUUUUAAUGAUUUUCUCCAGGCUUUUUUCAAUCUUAACUCCACGAUUAUGAAUUUCAAUUAUUUUCUGCAGGGUUUUUUCACUCUUAACUCCACAAUUACGAAUUUUAAUUAUGUUUUAUUUAAACUCUUGACUCUACAAUUAUGAUUUUUUUAUGAUUUUCUCCUGGGAUUUCUUUCUAUUGUUGUUUUUUUUUGUUUUUUUCACUCAACUCCACAACUUAAAUGACUCCACAAUUAUUCAUUUUAAUUACUUUCUUCUGUUUUUUUUCACUCUCGACUCCAAAAUUAUGAAUUUGAAUGUUUUUCUGCAGGGUUUUUUUUUGUUUGUUUUCACUAUUUACUCCCAAAUUAUGUUUUUUUUUUAUUAUUUUCUCAAUAUUUUUGUUGUUGUUGUUUUUUUAACUCUCGACUCCACGAUUACGAAUUUCAAUUAUUUUCUGCAGGGUUUUUUCACUCUUAACUCCACAAUUACGAAUAUUAAUUAUGUUUUAUUUAAACUCUUGACUCUACAAUUAUGAUUUUUUUAUGAUUUUCUCCAGGGAUUUCUUUCUAUUGUUGUUUUUUUUUGUUUUUUUCACUCAACUCCACAACUUAAAUGACUCCACAAUUAUUCAUUUUAAUUACUUUCUUCUGUUUUUUUUCCACUCUCGACUCCAAAAUUAUGAAUUUGAAUGUUUUUCUGCAGGUUUUUUUUUUUUGGUUUGUUUUCACUAUUUACUCCCAAAUUAUGUUUUUUUUUUUUAUUUUCUCAGUUUUUUUGUUGUUGUUUUUUUUUAACUCUCGACUCCACGAUUAGGAAUUUUAAUUAUUUUCUGCGAGGUUUUGUUUGUCUGUUUGGGUUUUUUCACUCUUAACGCCACAACUAUUCAUUUUAAUUAUUUUCUCUGGGUUUGGUUUUCUUGUUUGUUUGUUUUUUCACUCUCAACUCCUCAAUUAUGAAUUUAAAUAUUUUAUUUAUUUUUUUGAACUCUCAAAUCCACAAUUAUUCAUUUUAAUUACUUUCUCCAGGUUUUUUUUUUGUUUUUUCACUCUCAACUCCACAAUGAUGAAUUUGACUGAUUUUCUCCAGGUGUUUGUUUUAAACUCUUUACUCCACAAAAAUGAAUCGAACAAUUCCCACAGUUCCUUCCUCCCUUGAACGGGUGUGGUGCUACAAGGUUAGUUUUCUUCAGCACUCGUACAUGCGAGGACGUACGCCUUCGUGCUCUCUCAGACUUCUUCCUGGCCACAUUCUCAGGGGACAUUUUCUACUUUCCCGAGUGGCGUCAACGCUCGGUCACAGUUGUGAUCUUGUUGGCCACCGUUGAUUGUGGAUCUACGAAUGUUUUCUACAAAAAAAAGGAAAGACUGUUAGCAUUUGCAGAGACAGAAAAGGAGGUGUAGCAGAUGUCACUUCUCUGCUCACUGCUACUUUUCUAUCAUGACUUUUACUUUUGUCACAGCAUGAUCCACUCCACUAUUAUCCGGCACAAGUCUAACCUAUGUUAACACCAGCCUUUUCUAGUUCUCCGUCUUUACUUCACAUUAAACUUGCCUUCGUCUCACGAUGGAAGGCCUCGUACAAAAUAA